AAAGUACAAAUCAUAGCCCAUAUAAAACAGAUUUGGUUAAACAGAACUGGACCAACAUGUAUAAGACUGGUGUAUUUUAUGAUCUGCCACUAUAUAGUUUGUUUAACAUUUACAGAACAGUCUUGUGUGUAAAGUAGGGAAGGCAGUUGUUUAAAUUGUGAAUAUGCGUUUCCCUGGACUGUGCCUUCCGUCUCUUACUGCUACAUGUAACAUGUAAGUGAGAGGUUAACCACAAAUAUCACUACGGCACCUAGGCGAAAAAUUGGCAAUCUACAUGUAACCAUUUAUAGAUCAAGGUUUAAAACAGAGAUUCAUACACACGCACUGAAAAUAGGUCUAAACCCAGUUGUAUGAUGUGAGAAAUUAGCUCUGCACCGUAUACCUGGCCUGAGUAACUCAUGUAAAUAGCCCAAUGUUUGUUUUUUGCACGACAGCAUCCCAUCAUUAAUAACAUACGCCUAGCCGCAGUAUUGCACGAAUAGGUAAUUUUAUUCUAUUUUUUCGUGUCUUGCUGGUUAUGGCAUGUACCCAAUAUGUGUAUAUCUUUGUGAUCCUCUCAUGAAACCGAUAGCAAGGCAGAUGCCACGGCCUGGUUAAGCUCGCGUCUCCGUUUUGGUGCAAAGCGAAACUGUAAAACUGUAGACCCAGGCGUUCAAUGAAAAUGCCAAGAAAACAUUUACAACUGUAAUGUACACAAUCAGAAAUUACACUUACCUUCUGAUUACGCUGAAGUGGUUUUCUGCCUGGUGUCGAAGAGAAAUGGUGCGGCUGCGAUGCGUGACAGCAGACUGUGGUCAGCUGACUUCAUUCACUGGAGGUAGAGCUGUGAUGCGGCCAAAGAAACCAGCGCCAUUUUGGAUCUACACACAGUUCAAUAGCCGGAUCGAGCUGGGGGAUGUAACACCCCAUAACAUUAAACAACUGAAACGACUCAAUCAGGUCAUCUUUCCUGUCAGCUACAAUGAUAAGUUUUACAAAGAUGUAUUGGAAGUUGGGGAGCUUGCAAAGCUUGCAUACUUUAAUGACAUAGCAGUGGGAGCUGUGUGCUGUCGAGUGGACCAUUCUCAAAAUCAGAAGAGGCUGUACAUCAUGACACUUGGAUGUCUAGCACCCUACCGAAGACUUGGAAUUGGUACAAAAAUGCUGAAUCAUGUGCUAAAUAUCUGUGAGAAGGAUGGCACUUUUGACAACAUUUAUCUUCAUGUGCAGAUCAGCAAUGAGUCAGCCAUUGACUUUUACCAGAAAUUUGGCUUUGAGAUCAUUGAAACAAAGAAAAAUUACUACAAGAGGAUAGAGCCUGCAGAUGCCCAUGUGUUGCAGAAGAGCCUGCGUAGCCCAUGUGCACCUUCCACAGGAGAGCUUCAGAAGGCAGAGUAGAGGCACAGCUUUUGAAGAGCACAGAUGUGCCUGCCUCCACAGAAACAGAACUGUGAGAAAUUCCCCAGGGUUGACACAUUAACACUUUCUUCAAAGGACGCUAAAAAGAGAUCACAGAUUUAUUAUACAAAAUAUCUACAUUUGUUUUGCAAAAGGUCCCCUGCAAUUUGCAUAUUUUUGCUCUUGUUCUUUUUACAUACAGUUGAAAUUUGGAGAAAAAAAAAACUAAACUCAAAGCUCUUCAAGUUCUUAUUGAUUGUUUUGACCUGAGACAGUUUUUAACUGAGUGGAGGAGAAGUACAGUGCUUGCACAUCAUACAGUUGUGUUUGAGUUGUUUUAAUGUGGCUAUAGCAUUGAUGGGGAUAUGUCCAUAUUGUUGACCCGGAGAAGACUGCUGAAGCAACAAAGUGUUUGAUCGGCCAUUGCUCAGACGUAGUUCCUCUGGUUCAAGUUGGAACAGUCACAGCUCUGUCACCUGCAUCCUGGGAUUCAUGGAAUAUGACUUGAACCAGGUCGGUGAUGUGUUGUUAUCGAAGGUAUGAGUGAACAUCUGGCCUUGGCACUUAAAUGUUAGAGGCUACACGGUUGUGUGGUGGUGGAACAAUGUAGUCAACGUUUAUAGUAUUCUUAAACUCAAUCUUUUAACUCCCCAAACAGCGGUUUCUGUUAUUUUAACUCUGCAGUGGCAAUGGUUCAGAGGUUCUCCUGGGAUAGUGGGAAUAAAUAGAAUUGUUAGCAAAACUACAAUUUUUACUGAAUGUUUUGACUUGUAAUUCAGAUAUUUAAUUCUUGAAUUACAAUGUAUUGGCUUGUUAAGAUUUGAUUGUGCGGUGGGCAUUAUAUUGGGUUUUCUGUUUUGGUAAAGCAUAUUGCCUUUGGCACAACAUGUAGCCACUUUUACUGAGUUUGACACACAACAGAGCUCUACAGUGCCGAAUUUUGUUAAGAACUUUGAUUUGAUCUCUGGAGUAGUGGACUGCCCAGAGGAAACUCUGACCCUCUGCAUGCAAGGAGAGAUGUGUCCUCUCCACUGUAGUAUAAGCAUGUUUUUCCUUUCUUUGAAGAAUUUUAUCUUUUCUGAAGCUCUAUAUUGUAAAACUUUUUAACGUCUAAAUAAAGGAAUUACUAUUUGCAGUAAA